AUGUCUGGCAGAUAUCCUCCGCAAGGCGGCUACGACUAUCCGCAAGGUGUUCCUAUAUCGAACAGGAACGGUCAUGCAAGCUAUGCGCAAGAUGCCGUGCAAGACGCCCAGAGACUACACGCAAUGUAUCCGCCGGUAUCUAGCACACCUACUACUCACGUUGCGAGGCAUCUGAGUAGUUUGACGAUCACGGCCAACCCUCCGUCCUAUGUUCAACCCAGCUAUUAUGCCGCUCCUUCAUACGAUCAGGGGUCUCAGUCCUCUGCCAAGUAUUGGACGCCUGGUCCAUCAUCGUCUUCGCAUGGCUAUCAACCUAAUGCCUUCGCCUCGUCAAUAUACCAACACACUGCGCCAGCUUCCUCAUACCCUACGCCGCCACCUUCCUCUAUGUACUCUUCCUCUUCGUCCCUUGCGGGAGCUCUUGGUGAUCCCGCGCCGAACCCAGCCCCCCGGCCGCAUGCGACCCAAGGACCAAUUUACCAACCCCAGCAGUCAUCAGCUUUCUUCGAUGACUUUGUCAAGGAGACGAAACAGAGGAUGGACGCGGGACGGUCAUCCGCCAGUAACGGGAACCGUUCACCGAUUAAGAUCAAUCAGACCCAGCCACUGCCUACCGUGUCGGUACCUAGGACGCCUUCGUCUUCUGCGUCACGAAACCGUGCCUCCCACCUUCAACAUGAAGUUUACGCUCAACCGUCAGGCUCAGCUGGCGUCCACACUCCGCAAAAACGCAAAGCUGAACAACCCUUGGAAUCCCCCUCCAUCAAGCGCAUCUCGUCAUCCACGAGUCUCCCCAGGCCCUCUGCAUAUGUGGAGGUGCCCGUCAAACCCUCGUCUGUCAACGGGGCAUCAUCCAAGCCUCCAUUAACCACCUCGACGUUGAAUACUCCUUCCCGAUAUGGACGCUCUGGAUCGACGCCCAGCAAUGGAGGCGGUCGUAUGCGGGUUGUGGUCGAGCUCCCGCCUUCUAGACAUAAGGGAAAGCACCUGAUGAAACCUUCCUCCAUAUCACAACGCGAUAAUGACGCCCGUAUUCAUGAUGUGGUUGUUACGCCUAUGACAAAGUCUAAGACGGCGGCCAAGACAGGGUCUCCGAUGGUAGUCGACGACGACGGAGAAGAUCUGGGUGGUUAUGACCAAGACGACCAGCUUCCCACUCCUAGCAGGCGCCCUCCCCAUAAUAGGCUCGAAGUUGUCCUCACCACGAGCCGACGCACCGGCGAUCGCGAUGAACGAGCACCCGUAGACAAGCUUACUUCACUCCUUGAGGAUAUCUUCGAAGCUGAGGACUGCCUACCAGCCGACAUCUCGGUCUCGGAUCUACCGUCAGACUGGUUCUCGCCCCUGUCUGCUGAUCCCUCCAAACCUUAUCUUGCCCCGCACAUCGUUCGCAAGUUGACCAAGUACAUCAGCCAAGUAGCCCAUCCAAACAAGCGCGCCAGACUCGCGGAGAACUAUGUCGGGAGCCCCAUCAAGGCAAAAGGCGGGAUAUCGGACGUGGAUUCCACUCUCCUAGCGAGGGUCCUGGGGAUACUCAAGCGCAGUGUGAAGGCUGGAGAGGACCUCGAGCCGCUAGGAGGGCCUAUUGCUUCUGGUUCAAACACCCGUACCGCCGCCGGUGUGAGCCCCACUAAAUCGAGAAAAGGGACGAAGAAGAAACCUGCAUCUAGCAAUAGAGCGAAAUCUGGCUCACCAGAAGGAGACGGUGAAGCCAACGGCGAUGCUUGCAGGACGGAAGGCGCAAGAGAGGACGAAGUUGCUUUGGAGGCAACUGAGGAAGACCUUGACAGGCUUACGAGGGCGUUAGAGGUUGCGAAGGACAGCGUUGCCGCAGCUGAUUGCUGUCUCUCGUUGCUCGGCAGUGGAAGACUGAACAAGCAGCUGUACACGGAGGAUCUCAUCGCCUCCUGCUUCGAAACGGUCAAAACUCAGCUCACGAAACUCGUAUAUCCCUUCGUGGAGGCCUCAUUCGAUACACAAAGCAUCCUUCGUAAUCCCAUCCUUCACCACCUCACGCUGACGUCUUCCGCGCUCUCCAAGUCACACAGGCGGCAACUAGCCGAAGCAUUUCAAGCUGUCGCUGCUGCCCUUCCACGUAUUACCGACCUCGUAUCCCUCGACGCUGUGACGCUCAGCGAGAGCCUGAUUAUUCAAGCGGUUUACAUUGCCAUCGGGCCAUUCUUUGUAGCCGAUGGUGGUGACGGAGAUACGAAGGGGAAGAAGGACAACGUCGUGCUGCAUACUCUAGGAAACAGCGCAAUGCGUGGUUUAAGGCUCGAUGCGCUCUCGCUCAUUCGAAGCAUUUUCGCAAAUCACGGUGAUCAAAGGAAGUGGAUCAUCGAAGAGAUCCUCGGUUCAUUAAUCAAACUCUCGGACACCAAACAGAAGGCUGGGCAAUUCCGUUUGCGCGACGGCAGGUCGAUUCGGACUGUUUCCGCUUUGUUGCUCCAGCUAGUCCAGACGUCGGCACAUGACGUUCGUAUGGAAGCGCGGAGGUUGGGCAAGGCGCGCGUUCAACAGCUCGCGCUUCGACGUCAAGAAAGUAUCAACGGAGCGAGCCGCGGGCCUGUACCAGAAGAUGAGCCUUUCCUGGACCAGCAGGAUCGCCAGGAGAUUCAGCUGUACACUUCCGGACUUGAGUCUGCAAUGACGUCCGCCAAAACGAUCAUCUUAUUCCUGACCCAGAGGUCCGGAAAAGGCAAGACAACGAAGAACACUAACGAAGCCGAAUAUCGCGCUAUUUUCGAUAACCUCAUCAAUGACUUGCUCACGGUGCUCUUCUGGCCCGAAUGGCCCGCUGCAGGCUUGUUACUUAGUGUUGCAUGCAAGUUCAUGGUGACUUCGUUGAGCGACGUGAAGUCGAUCAGUCAAACUGAAAACAACGCGGCAAAGGCGAUCUCGUUAGAUCAUCUAGGCGUUAUUGCUUCUAGGAUCCGUGCCAGCGUAUUAAAACAUCGUUCUGGUGUAAAAACGGAAGAGGAAGAUCAUCAUCCGUUGUCCCCCAUGGACGAGAUCGCCUCCUCACGCAAUUCCAAACUCUUCGCUGAACUCGCAGAUGCCCAUCAGGCUGUUGUCUCCCACCUUUGCAAACGGUCUUCGGAAGACCAGGCAUGUGAGAGUGCCAGAGAGUUGAUUGCAGCCAUAUGGGGUCAGGAAUUAGCCCAAGCUCUCAAACAGUUGGAUAAAGUCAUCGGUGAUGAGAUGGACGACAUUGGACCUCUUACCGACCGGACCAAAGACAUCGCAUUCGGCGCUAAGCUGAAAGCUACCCUACGUGACGUCUGGAAGGACCCAGCGAUGGACGUGUUCGACGUAGGCUCUCAGGAUGAGGUGGCUCGCAUUGAUCGCCUAGCGGAGGAAAUUGGUACUCUGCAGAGUUUGAGGAACUCAUUCAAUCCCGUCUUGAAUGUUAUUCUCGCCGCCUUGGACGCUCCGCCUGUGUUUAUGCGCACCAAAGCGCUGCGGGCUCUAGGCCAGAUUGUUACCAGUGAUCCUUCCGUUCUAUCGAUGGCUAACGUCAGACGCGCAAUUGAGGACCAUUUAUCCGACUCUUCUCCUGCUGUCCGAGAUGCGGCAGUAGAGCUCAUCGGGAAGUAUAUGGUUGACUCUCCCGAGGUUGCCGGGGACUAUUACCAGAAGAUCGCAGACCGCGUGGCUGACGUUGGCUUGGGAGUUCGUAAACGCGUCAUCAAGUUGCUGAAAUCCUUCUACAGUGUGACGGAUCAGCCGAAACGCCAGAUCGAUAUAUGUACCAGACUGGUCCUGCGGAUGUACGACGAAGAUGACUCUGUGAAGGAUCUGGCCACCAGGACACUGGAGGAAUUAUGGUUUACGGAUAGCUCCGAUGUUCUGGCUCCGCAGAAACCGAGGUCCUCCGGGCGGACCGACGACAAGACCAGAGUUUUUGCCAAGACCGCCGUCAUCAUGGGGGUAUCCGCCAACUUCAAGGAUCGUCAGUCGCCAUUGGAGGAAAUGCUACAUAAGAUCAUGGCAGGUAAAACUGGUAGUGAUGCAUCGGCACUUCACGCGCGUUAUACGGAGGUAUGCGAAGCGUUACUGGAUGGCUUAAUCGACUGCCUGCCUGGUUUCAAUGCGACUGAUUGCACGCGAACAAUCUAUCUCUUCACCUCAGCGUAUCCAGCAGUCUUAUCAGGUUCCAAUGCUUCUGCUCUGUUGCCCUAUCUUAAUGACGCGUCAACGCCUGAACGUCAAAUAGCCGCGGAAUACGUCCUCAAGAUAUUCCGCGCGACUGUGCCGCAUUUGCCCAAGACCGCAGUCAAAUUCGGGCAUGACUUGCAGUCUACCCUGCAGAAGAUGGUCAUCAAACCGACUAAGCCUGGCAGUCUACAAGAGAGCGUGGCGUGCCUUUGUUCUGUGGUGGACAGUUUGACGCACGAUCACAAAGCAUUGGUGAUGCUGCUGAAGUCAUGCGAGGGCCGGCUGCAACCAACGCUGAAGGCUCCACCGGGAAAAGGCAUCGAUGGUCGUUCUCUAUCCAUGAUAAUCAUGAUUGUUUCACUCCUCGUCGAACACUGUGAUUUCGAUCGCAUCGGUCAGGACCACCCAGAUUUAUCUCCGCAAUUGGACGCUAUUUCUACGGGUCCAAUCCGAGAACACAUCUAUUACAACCUGCUUAAUCUAUAUAAGAAAAGGGACGAUCCCGCUGUUCGCGGCUGCAUUCUGCAGUGCCUUGGAUUCCUCUUCCGAGCGCAGCCUACGUUCAUGACCGCAAAUGACUCUGCAAGCGUGAUGGAUGAUAUAUUCACGUCGCCAGAUGAAGAAGGUCGAGGUCGUCUACUGAAGAUCAUCCAAGACUUCCUACUCUCCCAGGCUGCAAAGGAUGCCUCUAAGGAGAGGAGCAAUGAUGCUCCCAAGGCUGCAGGUGCGAACGUCGAUAUGGAUCAGCUGGUCGGCAACACGGGCGAGUUUGCGGAGUCUGGGUACGUCCCUAUUGGAGAAGCCUGGGGUGAUAACUCAUCUACCUCUAGUGUGGCCUCUGCCGUUGUUCAGCGUUAUAUGAAUCCCAUUCUCCAAGCGGCGUUUUCGACGAAUGCAUCUAUCCAGGCAUCGGCCGUGGAUAUACUGAGCUUCACGAUCAAGCAAGGACUCACCCAUCCUUUAACGUCAUUCCCUGUUAUUGUUGCUCUGGAGACUAGUGCCAACGCGGCGUUAUGCGCAAGAGCAAACGCUCUACACUCAAUCAUGAACACCAAGCAUGCGUCAAUCAUCAACACGCGCUUCGUUGCCACUGCCAAAGAAUCGUAUGCUUUCCAGAAGCGUAUUGCCAACGGUCCCAUACAAGGUUACCGUAUGCAACCCGGCCCAACCGCUUUACUACAAUCCUGGUAUUCUCAUGUUCGGGAGAAGAGAGCGACAAGACAGGAAUUUCUGAAGGCUAUGGUGAAGGUCUUCGAAGUAAACUCCAGCUUCGCGACCACGCAGGAUGAUGUUGAAUUCACACGUUACAUGACGGAGAACUUCUCGGCUUUCGACUACAAAACCCAAGAAGAAGUCCUUACCAUUAUCAAGUCCCUCACCUCCAUAUUAUCGACGGCAGGCAUGCAGCUGCUGGAAGUUCUGUCGCCUUCGCACCUAUUGGCUCAGCUUCACAGCGCGCCACGCGUAUCGCAAGGCAUCCUGAUGCCUAACGGACCCCCGGAUCCGCUAGACGGCAAACCUGAUGACGAGAAGUUCGCGCUGGCUCGCACCUCUGUAGUCGUGGCCAUGAUCAUGCUGCUCAAAUCCCAUCUCAAGGCAGUCUAUAGCAUCACCGAAGAAAAAUGUUCCAAGUUUGUCGUAGGGAAGAAAAGCGCCGUCGGCGACCGACCGGCCACCAGACGGCACGAACAGCCCAUAUCCUGGGAUCGGUUGCCCUUCGCUAAAACACCUAUUUCAACCGCGCAGGACGCAGGUGUCCAGCGGACAAGGUUCCUAGAGAUAUGGAACGAGGAUGGAGUCGCAGCGGAACCGGACGACGACUUCUUUUGA